AUGCAUUCAGAUGAUACAUCUCAUGAUUUGGAUGCCAUAACAAAAGAUAAAGUUGACGUUAUUGCAGAUCCUUCAAUAAAUCUACAAAAUAAUGAGAAACAAGACAAUUCAAAUUUAAGUUCGCCUGAAAGUAUGAAUUUAAAUAUUCAAUUUCAAAGUGAUGAUAUCAGCGAAUCUCUUUCGACUUCUUUUUCAGUAGAAACAAUCAUUCCAAAAACAGAAUUAAAGACAAAAAGCAAUAAUUCAUUAUCUCCAGGGACAGAUGCAGCACAAAUAUCAUUAAAUAGCAAUAAUUCGAGAAAAACUGGGAUAGAGUAUAUACACCACAAUGAAAUCACAGAAGGUUUGAUAUAUCCUUUAUUAUCUAAGCCAUUUAUUAUCACAAGCAGCGAAAAAGGACCUGGAGAAGGCGAAUACAAACUUUUAGAUUCAUGUACGAAAAAUUCCUUCUUCGUUUUACAGACAACAAAAAAAUCUCAAAUUAUCUGGGAAUAUUCAACAGAAUGCAAAGAGAUAAAGAAGUUCAAAGAGUUCCCUGUACAUCCCUACAUCAUUUCAGGUACCGUAUCUUGCAACAAAGAGUUCCUAAUCAUCACUUUUAAUUCGAUUCAUAAUGGAUUUAAGAAAAAUUCGCUUUUCUACUCAUUUUGCUACUCUCUUAAUGGAGAAAUAGAGCAUCCCGUAUGCAGGCCAUCAACUAUUUGCCCUUCCAUACAUUUCGGGGACACUCCGAACAAGUUUUAUUUCCUUUGUUCAUCUUUUUUGGAAACAUGGGAAAUAAAAGUGACAAACGAUGAUUUUCAAUUGAGAAAAAUUUUGACAUCCAAUCAAAUAAUUAAUUGGUUUGGUACUACAUCGGAUAACAAACUAGAAUAUAUUUAUUUCAACGAAAAUAAAACAAAGGCGUUUUUAGAAGUUGAAAAUUAUGUCACUUUUUGUUUUGAUUUACAAAAGGUCGGAUUAAUUUCAUCGUACAAACAUUUAAGAGGGCACAAGAACCAAGAUGUAAUACUGUAUACUAGUGGUCCUAAUAUCGAAUGCAUCUUUCCCAGAGCAAAUAAAAAACUGAUUUGCAAUGGAACCGAAAUUCAACAUAAAGAAAACGGCGAGAAGAUAUCAGAAGAAGAUCUUUGGAGGUUCUAUACCUUCGAGAAUGAUAUGACCUUCAUUUUGACCAGUAUUUCCCAAGAUAAUAAUAUUUUAUAUUGUAUUUUAGUAGAUAGAUACGGAUUACCACGAACAAUGUUCACUGUGUUGCUUCCUAAGAACAAUUCUGAGCAAUACAUCCUCCAUUACUCCGAUUAUUCCAUAAAUGGUUUUGAUAUCUACGAUGGAACCCUCAAAACCUUGGAUUUCGACUAUGAAUACUCUAUUAAGCUUCUCCCAACAACAUUCCAACCAUUGCUACACUUCAGUACCCUAAGAGACCGAAGUUCCACGCAAAUCUUCAAAUUUGUUACAAAUGAAGUAUUGCAACUUCACUGGGCGCGGCCAAUAUUCGAUGAAUACUACAUAUCUAUGCUUAAUAGAGAUGACUGUUCCACUUUCUGCUCAUUAUCUCGUGCUUUAUCUUCGACAUUAACUAAAUGUCCAUGUUCCGGUGUCCAAAAGUGUCCUUUAACGAAAUUCAACAAUCUCGGACAGUACUUGAGAGGAAGAUCCAUCCCAGAGAUCUCAGAAAUCACUCCUCCUUAUAAUGAUGUCCCUUCCGAAUUUCGUUUCUUCUCUUUGUUGCAGUUUUUCACAGAAAAACUUUGGAUUUCUGACAAUUCGAAAAUUCCUGUUGAAUUUCUUGAUGACGUCUAUCCAAAACUAUCUCUUCCUGUAGCUGUUUCGUGGGUUGACAAGCAACUCGCUCCUUUCGAAUUAGUUGUAGACAAAGAUGACCAAAGUUGGUGGAGUUGGAGGUCUUCAAUGAGAAAACUUUUGUUCGAAAAAACAAAUGAACAACGAGAUAUCGAUAUUUUGGAGUGUGUUUGCGAUUUCGCUACAGAUAGGAAUGGAGAUUUAUGUGAUGACAUUAUUAACUUUUAUUCAAAAUCUUGUUAA